AACAUGUUCUCUUCUCAGAAAAGUAACGGCGUUGAGACACAGCUUUGCACAGCAGUCAACAAUGCGAUACGUACGCGUAAUGCUGCAGAGCUCGCGUCCAUCGUUCUGCUUGAGCCUCCCUUUCCGCCGAUCUACCAGGACCUUGUGCAGUCGCUUCAGACCAGCUACCCGCAAAAUGCACACAACUCUGAAAGCCGACUCGAUCAGCUAGUGCGGAGAGUCGUCACAGAGACAGCUGAGUAUGAAGACGAGCAGGGGAAGCCGGUGCAAGGCUGGAAUGCAAUGGUCACGUUUCUUGUUGGAUGGAUGACCUUCCUGAGAGACAUGGAUUUGGCCAAUUUGUUGCACACUUAUCAAGGGCUCAAAGACUUGCAAGAACAGGCCAACAGCGCACUGACACACCCAAUAAAGGGCGUCUUGAUUCUACCGACAAUUGUCAACUACGCAAGAGUAUUCUCUCGAGUCGCAUUAGGGUUGGACAAACACCCGGAGCUCAUUCAGCACCUCCUCACUUCUACCGAUGAGGGUUCUCGAGAGUCAUUAUCAGAAAAGGCGGCUAACGUCGUUCGGGUUGCCUUUACUCAAUGCUUGAACGAUCGUGUGGGCACACAGGACAAGAAGCUAGGAAUUUACAAGAUGGCAAACAUUUGCUUAAAGAUUCUCUUCCAAGCCGACAAGCCGGAGAGCUGCGAAACGAUCUUCCGAAACAUUACCAAUUCAUCGCCACCGUUACACAUGUACCCAAAGCCAGAGCAGGUUACGUACCUCUACUACCUUGGCCGCUAUCAUUUCGCCAACACGAAUUUCUAUGCGGCACAGCUGGUACUGGAUCAUGCAUACGACCUCAGUUCGAAAUCGCCACAAUUUAUCAAGCAACGACGGCAUAUACUCAUCUACCUGAUCGCGUCCAACCUGAUCAUUGGCCGGCUGCCCACAGAACACAUCUAUCUAUUGCCCGAAGCGCAAGGCCUGAAAGAAAUCUUCAGUCCAAUAGCAAAAGCCAUCAAGUCUGGUAACCUCGAACAGUUCCGCCGCAUUACAAAUCCAGAUCUCUCCAGCUCGACUGCAGGUUGGCUGAUGAAGUUCCGGAUCUUUUACCAGAUCGGUAACUAUUGCGAAGUCCUGGUCUGGCGGUCGUUGUUCCGGGCAAUAUACAGAAAGACUGGGCAGGAAGGCGGCCAAGAAGGCGGGAUGAACACGAGCAAGGCCGCUGUCCUCGACCUUAAUGCUGUUCGAGUGGCAUUUGCUCACCUCGAAGCACGGGCGAAGAUCAAGAAUCCAGCGAUGGCACAGCAGGGUGCCAUACCUGGACAUCGUAAUUUUGGCCACCUGUUCCAGGACCACGCCUCAGUUUCGAAGUCGUCAUACGUUGAUCCGGACUUUGCGGGUCUCGAAGGGAUCGAGCCGUACAAUCACGAGGUGAAUGCGGCCGAAGCCGAGUGCAUCUGCGCAGCUCUCAUAACGCAGGGGUUUGUCGCUGGUUACAUCGACCAUGCAUCAGGACGACUCGCUAUCUCAGGUGCGAGACGGCCUGGUGGUGCGGCGCAGAACGGGUUUCCAGCUCCGUUUAUGGUAAUCAAGGGCAAAAACAGCGAUGAUGUUCUUGGGUGGAAGAAAGAUAGUGGAGGGAGCAUGCAAGGGCAGGUCAUUCGAAUGAGCGGUGCGAAAGCGGUCGGAGAAUGAGCAGACAGAUGAUAUACCCAUGUAAAGAACAGCAAUUCAACGGCAAAAUGGUUCCGAGUGGGACAUUUUCGACCAAACGAGUGCCUCAUCAACGAUGGCUCUAAUGUUGCU